CUUCCCUUCAAACCCCAGCAAUCUCAUAUCCUCCCGACGGUCUCCUUCUUGCCAUCGAGGCUCCAAUUCCGCCAUGGCCGACGAAACAACCGACUCCAAGCCUCUCUCGGAGACUCUGCCCGACGCUCCAGAAGCUACCCCUGCUAAGCAGUCGGUGCACUCUUUCAAAAAGAAAUAUGCCAAGUUGAAAAUGAAGUUCACCAAGCAAGAACUAGAAAGUGAGGCUCUGAUCCGAGAAGAGCUCCGCAUCGAAGACCUCUCCAAGCGCAUCCAAGAACAGAACGACCAAUUGCUUGAAAUCCUCCUCGAGUUCAAUGAAAGUCUCCAUGUGCCCCCGUCUCUACGCUACGACUUAAGCAUGCCCGAUGACGCCCCUUUCCUUCCACCCGCUGAACAAGAGAUCGCGCCCCUGAUCAAUGACGCGAAACUCGCCAGAACAGCACUGAAGGAAGCCAAAUCUGAAUUAGCCAACGGCACCUUUUCGACAAGUGCUUAUCGACAGGUGGAAGAGAGCGUCAAGCGGAACAAGGAGUUUGCUCCGGCGAUGCAGUACCAAAAACUGAUCCAAAUUCCUCACACUGCCGCCAGCACUCCAGAUCAAGAACAAGGAUCCAAUGGUGUCAAACGCACACUCGGAUAUCUCACACCCGAGCGUGAAACCGAGUACUACCUAGCACUAGACGCCAAGCUGGGAGACGAGACAGCCAUAGCGCAACUCGCGCGUAUUCCCGAUCCGCCCACAUUUGCCGAGCGAGAGCGAGAGGCUGUACUGCGAAACCCCGCGUCGGUGUACAACUGGCUGCGACGCAAUCAACCACAGGCCCUGCAGGAGCAUGAGGUCGCGUCGGAGAAGUCUACGUCACGCCCGUCUAACGCGCGCUCCUCGAAGCGGGCGCCUGCCCAGCGCAAGGAAGAGGAAAACCUCGACGAGGAUGGGAUGGAAAUGGAGCCUACACCGAAGAACAAGCGCAAGCGUGAUGAGGAUGCCGGGUACAGACCCAAGGGGGGCAACAACCGUUCGAAGAAAAAGAAGGAUGAGCCUGCUGCUGCUAACAACCGCAGUGCCAAGAAGGCUUGAGAGGAAGCAUCGGCUUCAUAGCAAUCUCUCUCUGGCUCUUUUCAAUCUUCUUUUGAUGUAUUAAUAUGGCAUUUGCAUUGGGUUUUUCUGCUGGCCUUGGAAUAUGAUAUGAAUUUAAAAAGAUAUGAGUGUUUCAGUC